AUGGCCGCCGUCACCGCAUCGCCUCCCACCUCACCGAUCGCCGCGCCGCCGCCUGCGGAAAAACAGCCGCUGUCUGCACCGCCAGCCGCAGCCGCAUUGCCCGCCGAGAGCCCUGCCCGCCUGCGCGACGCUCCUAUAUCGCCCGUCCGCGUCAACUUUCAAGAUCACCCAUGGCCUACGCCCUCCAAUGCCAACAUUGAGGAGGCCGCCGAACAUGUCCCCCAGAGCCAGCUCGCCCACAUGUCCCUCAACGUCGACGCCGACCUCGUAGGCGAACCUGCCCCCGCUGUUCGUCUGCGCCCCCAAGAAGCUCACCGCAGCUCGCGCGAGUCCGACGAGUCCAACGCCACCUCCCAGGCCCCAGCCUCACUGCAAUCCUCGGCGCCCACCACCAACAGUUCCCUCUCGGCUUCCCAAGAUGCUCGGGAAUGCCCUCCACUCAACCACUCCUCCGCCUCCUCCACCACCGGAGAUGUCCUCCCCCGUACAGGGUCGGUACCGCUCUUUCAGUAUCACCACCAGCAAGAGAACGCCUCCGAUCCCAGCGGUGGUUCGACUCCGGAACCUAUCGACAAUGUUCCCCAUAUACGCCGCCACCUUACCCCCACCAUGCAGGCAAUGCGCCGAACCUCGAUGCCUCGCCCGCACUCUUCGUAUUCGACAUACUCCGACUUUGGUCCUCGCGGCCUCUCCCCCGGCAGUCCGCACAUGCGCCCACCUUCCACCUCGUCGAGAAAAUCGCCUGAUAACCGCCACUCGACGUAUGCCGAGCUCCUCAAUGUCCCAUACCCUCAGCAAGCGCCUGCGCCCCUGACAUGGGACAAUUCCAACCUGCGCAAUGCCGUCGGUAAUAAUGCAUCGCUGCUUAGCGCCCAAAAGACGUUGGAAAUGUACCGCCAAAACGUCAAGAAGACGACCGACUUUGACAUUCAGUACUCUUUUGCCGUCUUUCUCAUCUCGACUGCCCAGGAUCAAGGUUUGGACUGGACUGACCCAAAGAAGAAGCCCGCGGCGCACCGCGAUCUUGACAGCCCCGUUGUCGAGGUGUCGGUGGCGUCGCCCGUCGAGCUUGUUCGCGAAGCCAAGCAGAUCCUUCAGCGCCUUGCCAACGGUGGCUAUCCGUUCGCCCAGUACUACCUGGCCGACGGCUACGCUUCGGGUCUUUUCAACAAGGGAAAAUCCGAUUAUAACUCAGCCUUUCCUCUCUUCGUCCUCGCCGCCAAGCACGGCCAUGCUGAGUCGGCCUACCGGACGGCGCUCUGCUACGAGUUUGGCUGGGGCUGCCGUAAGGAUCCUGCCAAGGCCGUGCAAUUCCUGCGGUCCGCCGCCUCUAAGAGCCACCCAGGUGCCAUGACACGCCUCGGCAAGGCCUGCCUGUCGGGCGAUCUCGGCGAGAAGCGAUAUCGCGAGGGAAUCAAGUGGAUGAAGCUCGCCACCGAAGCCGCCGAUACGCAGUACAAUGCAGCGCCGUACCAGCUCGGAUGCCUGUACGAGACGGGCUACGGUGACGAUAUCUUCCAGGACGCGAGCUACGCCGCGGAGCUGUUUACGCAGGCCGCGGACCUGGGACAUCCAGAGGCCAACUACCGUAUGGGUGAAGCCUACGAGCACGGCUUGCUCAACUGCCCCAAGGACCCAGCACUAAGUGUGCACUUUUAUACGGGAGCCGCCGAACGUGGCCACGCCGCCGGUAUGAUGGGGUUGUGCGCCUGGUACAUGGUGGGAGCGAUCCCUAUACUGGAAAAAGACGAGGAGGAGGCGUAUGAGUGGGCGAGGAGAUCAGCAGAGCUGGGGUACGUCAAGGCGCAGUAUGCGGUGGGAUACUUUUUGGAAAUGGGCAUUGGUUGCCGGAGGGACAUUCUCGAGGCCAACGUGUGGUACGUACGAGCUGCGGAUGCGGGCGACGAGCGAGCCAAGCAGCGACUGGCCGUCAUUCAGGCGGCGAUUCACGGAGGUACACCGAUGGAGGUGGCACCGCGCAAGGGUGGGAAAAAGGACGACAAGGACUGCAUCGUCAUGUAG